UUUAUACAAAGAUGCGAAGGCUGAAGUUGCAAGAAGAUGGUGCAAUAGAUCUUCAUGAUAAUAAUAAUAAAGUAGGUGUGGCCAAUGACAACUUUGAUGGUAUUGCACAAGCAAGCACAAUUUCUGAUGCUACUGAUAUUAACAUUGAUGAAUUAUGCAAAGAGGAUAGCACUGAUGUACAUAAAGCAAAACAAUCAUGUCCUAUUUUUAGCAAAAAUAAAUGCUGCAAGAUUUUCAUAGUCUUCCUAAUGUGCUGCAUCGUUUUCUCUACCUACGUUUUACUAGAGUUGCCAGUCGGCAUGGCAAAGACUAUCAUAGAGGUUAUGCAACUAACAACAACACAAUACAACGUCCUCUAUUCUUUAUUUUUUCUGCCAACAAUACUCCUUGCGCCAGUUGGAGGACUUAUCACGGAUAAGUUUAGAGCUGAGAGAUCUCUGCCAAUGUUUCUUUUGUCGUGCUGUUUGGGGCAGAUUUUAUUAAGUAUUGGUAGUUUUCUGGGUCAUUAUUGGUUGAUGAUUGUCGGUAGAGUGUUGACUGGUGCUGGAGGAAUGGUAUUCGUAUGUCUCUCCUCAUACAUUGCAUCUUUCUUCACCAGACACAUUAACCUGAUGAAUGGGAUACUACUAGGAACUGCAAGACUAGGUGCUACACUCUCCGUCAAUUUAAACAGUCAAUUUUACUCUUCGUUAAGCUCACAUGCAACCAAUCAUCAUACAAGACUAGGUAUUGUCCUACUGCUAAGUGUUGUACUGAUUCUCAUUGCUUUCAUCUGCUCUCUGCUCCUAUGGUACACACGCAGAUAUGUUAAACCAGCAUUAUAUAAAAGGCGAAGUGUUACAUGUAACUAUCGCAACUGGUCUUGCCCUUCACUUUACUUUGUGGUACUAGCAUUAGUUGCUGGUGUCUUCUAUGCUGCUGUAUUGACUCCAACUUCAGUUGGUGAGCUGUACUAUAUGCAUAAGUACAGGAUCAGCCUCGCCAUAUCAAACCUAAUUAAUAGUUUUGUUCACAUCCUUCCUGUUUUCCUAUGCCCACUAUUUGGUUUAAUCAUCAAUCAAGUUGGAUACAAUCCAGUAUGGAUACUCAUUGCUGUGUUGACUGGUACUCUCAGUCAUUUCUUAUUAGCAUACAGCAAUGACAGUCAAUCCUAUGCUUACAUUGGGUCUUUCAUUGGAGGAGCUUCAUACUCAAUGUUCACCUCAUCAAUAUGGCCCAUGGUCUCACUGAUAGUGAAGCCAGAGUUCAUUGGACUUGGCUAUGGGAUUCAACAAGCAGUUAUAAGUUGUUUUCAAGUGCUAGUGGCAUCCACCGUUGGAUCUGUAGCUGAUAAUUAUGGAUAUUUUAUGGUCCAGCUGUAUUACAUUGCACUCUCAAUGAUUUCGCUUUCAUUAGUGCUGCUCUUAAACAUGAUAGACUACACUAGUCAUCGUGAAAAAAGAGUCAAUAUGUCUAAGACCAAACGAAAACUUCGAAAUAAAGAGAAGCUCUAAAACCAAGCUGUGAGAGAACGAGUGAGUCUUUUUACACAAUAAAUAUAAUUGUAAUGAAUGAAAUUUUGAGUUAAUUUACACUAAGUUUUUGAAGUUGAGCUACUAAUAUUUGAUUUACUCUU